AACCCUUUGUAAAUUCCAGCUCAAGGAUACUGCAACUAAGCCUUGAAGGGUACCCCUUUCAAAAGAGUGAAUAAGAGCUGAUAAGAGCAACUCGGGUCUUACCGGGUCAUCGUGACUGGGUGUUGUAGAAAGAAACGAUCGGUGGACUUUCUGUCCAGAGAUGGCCAUACAGUCAAGAGUGAUAUAUGUAUUCACAAAACCCUUUGUACAGCAGUAUAAAAUGACAGCUACUUUCGUCUCACAAGCUCAAAUUUUAUCCCUACCAAAUUACUUAUUUUACAUCGGCAUGAAAUUUAUCUCUACUUUUUCGGUCCUUGCGAUGACUCUUUCCAAGCUUGUACUGAGCUUUGGAUUUUUCUACAUGGUAGACAAUGACGACAAAGAGAUUCUGAUUAUUUCCAUGAAUAAAGGAAAAAUCAUUGCGAGCAACAAUCCAGAUGCACUUCCAGUUAUCUUCGACGAGGAUGGGUUUGAAUUCAAUGGCUCGUACUUGAGCUAUGAAGAUGGUGAAUUUUCGUUACAAAGGGCCCCCGACUCUGAUCUCAAGAUCAGUGCGGACGAUCGUUAUCCAUACUUGACCUACAAAGAUGACUAUGUCUUCUACUAUUGUGACAACAAAAUGGUCAGCCAGACAGAUAGUUGCUCCGGGGCGCAAGAGGCUAGGAUUGUCUAUUUCGGCUGGUAAAUGUCCAGUCAUCUUCCUUAGUGCGGGUAUAAGUCUGUUCAUAUACCUGCUUAUAAUAUUCAAUAAAAAGCAAAAAGCGAAUCUAUGGU